CCUGGAUAGAGCGGCGGUCCUUUACGGCAAGGCGAUGGCAGGGGAAGGAAGACGAAGAAGGCUGGCUGGCGGAUCGAAAACCAUCUCUCGACAGACGUCAAGUGACAGCCGGACGAUCAACAGCGACGACGACGACGCCGCAUAAGCACGGACGGAGUCGCAGCCAACCGCCGCACAAAAAGCAUAGAAGCAGCAGUAGCUGGCUCUGUUCCAUGCCUGAGAGAUCCACUAGGGAGUUUCCCUCAAGACUUUCAAACAUACCAAGAGAUAAGAGGAGAGAGAGAGAAUAGCCCCGGACGAGUUGCUCAGUGCGCGCGUCUUGUCGCUUGAUCUCAAAAAGGACGUCGCUUGUAUAGACAGUUUUUUUUGGCGUUUUUUUAUAUAUAAAAAUUCUUUUUAAUACAACGCAUGCAAGAUGGCUAUGGAUUUUGUUGCCGGUUGUUUGGGAGGUUGUGCAGGUGUUGCAGUUGGUCACCCGUUUGACACAGUAAAGGUUCGCCUUCAGACGCAGGAUUUCCUGAACCCCAAAUACCGAGGGACAUGGCACUGCUUCAGCGAUACCAUCAAGAAGGAAUCGGUUCGAGGUCUCUACAAGGGAAUGUCUUCGCCGAUGGCAGGCGUAGCCGUGGUCAACGCUAUCGUAUUCGGCGUCCAGGGCAACAUGGCCAGAUACAUGAAGAACCCCGACUCCUUAAGAUCACAGACACUGGCAGGAGCCACUGCUGGUUUCUUCCAAGCCUUCGUCACGUCUCCCAUGGAACUGGUCAAGACGCGCGUGCAACUCCAGACGGAAGCUGCAGCGACGCCGACAGCUUCGUUAUCCACAGCUUCUUCUUCUUCUUCGACCAUCACAGCCUCUCGUAGUUAUGACAGCCCCCUUGAUUGCCUGAGGAAGAUCUACACCACUGAAGGGUUCAAAGGGCUGUUCAGGGGACAGCUCAUCACUCUCGUGAGAGAUGUUCCUGCUCUUUCGACGUACUUCUUCACAUACGAAUAUCUUGCCCAGAAGUGGAGCUCUGACGGGUACGUGUCGGCUCCAGUUGUCCUCGGUGCAGGGGGCAUGGCUGGCAUCGCCUCUUGGGUACUGACAUACCCUAUUGACGUCGUUAAAUCUAGACUUCAGGCCGAUGGCGUCGGAGGAAUCAACAAAUACAACGGCGUGAUCGACUGCAUACGGGCAAGUGUAGCCCAGGAAGGUCUAAGCGUCUUGAGCCGCGGCCUGUUAUCCACCAUCAUUCGCGCCUUCCCAGUCAAUGCGACCACCUUCGCCGUGGUCACCUGGACUCAGCGCCUCUUCCACAAGGAAGGAGAAGACGACCUGCACAGCGACACCUGGAAGGAGGUCCUCGCCGUCGGGGAGAACCUGGUGGAAGCCGCCAAGGUGCCCAUUCCCGCGUUCCUCAACUUGAAGGCGCCAGCCACCAUCCGCACCUUCACUCCUCUCUUGCCCCAAGUCAGGCUUUCGUGUAGCUGCGAGAACCUCAGUUGUAAGACUAACAUAUCGAGUGCCAUCAAAAACAGACUGCCGGAAAUUCUCCUGUGCUCGGAGAGUGCCAGAAUGUCAGACUCUCAGUGUCAGAACGCAGCUUGGAUGAGAACCAGUGAUCAGAUUCUCUCGUCUUGUUCGUCUCUUAGUGCUCUAACGAGACGUCAACACAAUCUCAGCAACGCGCUAUAGUUUUUUUUUUCUUUCUUUUUUAUUUAAAUUCGCUCGCUCAGACCAAAAGAUUAUUUUGUUAUAGGUAGAGUUAGUUAUUUUUAUAUAAUCAUGAUCAUCAUCACUCAAAACGACUUGUUCGAUUUUUAUUUUUUUGUUGCAAUGGCAAACCGCUCUGCAGCCUGGCAGAGCAAAACCCUUGAUAUUAUCAUCUCUUCGUCAUAUCACCGCUGUUAUUUUGUUUUUACUUUCUAAGAGAGAGAGAGAGAGAGAGUCUGACUCCUGGUGAGUCGUGUUACUAUUUUUUUUUAAGAGGUUGUUUCCUACACAAGUUAUACAAUCUGUAUGAAAUCCGAUUGGCGUUUCCGCUGUUAGUGGCUGAUGUGGGAUGCAAUUAGCUAGUUCGUAAUUCAUUGUAUUUAAAAUUAAGAUUACUGCGGGAUAUUUCAAGGAAGGGGCAGGAAUCAACAACCCUUUCAGGGUACCUAACUACCUACAGCCAGUCAACUGUCAUACAGUGAGUAGUGACUGCACUGCUGCCUGUGCGGUUAGUCGCUGCGACUACAAUCUGUUGAGAAAUUCAGUCCAUUUUGCAUAAGAAAUUUUUUUUUCUCUUCUAGCUUCUGACCAUCUGAAGGGAUUACGAAUAAAAUAUCAACAUUGCAAUAGCUGUUUGUUCCUUUUUAGAAGAACAAAAGGAUGUGAAUUCUGAACAGCCAACUGAAACCUUCAUGAACCUUCGACUUGAAAUAUCCCAUAAACACAUUAGAAAUAGAUUGGAUUAUUUGUCGUGGAUGCAAAUGUUCUUAGGCUACAUUAGCCAUAUUUAAAUAGGAAUAUGUAUAUACUAUAUACAAGUGUACAUAAGAUGACUACGCUGCCGUUGGAAACACUUGAGACGUUAGAAGCUCGAUAUUAUUCAUUUCUUACGUGGUGCACGAGGCAUUUCUUUGGUGCUAAUUAAUCUAGAGAACUUUUCUAGUACGUACUGUAGUACCACAGCAACGCACACAGAUAAGCAUAUUUACACGCGCGCGCGCGCGCGUCACCUAUCACGCCAUUCAAAUGUGAGCAGAUACUGUAUCGUAUGAGACUGAGCACAAUAGAAUCAUCUUUCCUUUAUUAUUUUUUUAUUCGCGUAUGGCUUCCUGCAUUUUUGAAAUAAUUUUCUUAGUAAUUAUGAAUUUGGUGAUUGAAAAAUGGAGUUUUUAAGAACGAUGACGAGGAAAGGCCAGCAAUAGUUUAUAUUUAAAUAACCGUAGAUUGAACGUUCCCAUACGCUGCUCUAGACCUAUACUUUUGUCAUCGUCAUCAUCUCUCGGCACAAUCACAUUCAUUUUCCGUUUAUCGAGGCCAUAAACAUCGUUCAAUUUUAUUUAAAGAUUCGUCACGCUGCAGAGGAGUUCCCCGAUAUCGCUGGAAUAAUUCGUGGCAAAGAGUUUCCACUGCGUUCGUAAAUUAACGCCCCGGUGGGACAAUCGCUUUCAGUUUUGCUCAAAAUACAUUUCAGUGCGUUAUGUUGUUGUUGUUGUUGUUGCUGAUGCUGUUGUAUUUGUUGGUCUUGUUAUAUAUUCUUGUUAUUUCUUAAGCUGAGAAGAAGAAGUUUUGAAAGGAAGAGGGAAUAAUGUCACCUCCAAGAAGGAGUUUAAGAAGAAGGGGAAGGUGACAGGAGGAAGAGGCAAUGAAUGACCCCUCCUUCCAAAAUGAGAAAAAAACUUAAAAUAAAAAAAAAGCAUUUUCUCUUACUGUGAUAGGCUAGCUGUUCGUGAAACUGCUGCCCCGUGCCCCAAUUAUUGCCCGCGAAUGCCUCGUAAAUAUAACCGCAAAUGCGUCGUAGAUAUUUUAUGGCAGAUGCGUCGUAAACAUAACCCCCCAAAUGCGUCACGGAUGUCUAUCAAAGAUAUUCCGCUCCACAUAGACUGAUACAAGCGACGACGCUGAGUUCCUCGCGCAAGACGAACGCACGAUAACGUUAUCUCUGUGGUUGCUGACAGUAAGUCAGUCGAUAAUUCUCUAGGACUUUGUUAUACGUUGGUUGCAAUCCUUCGUCCAUGCUUAUGAAUUAUAUCCAAACUCGAGCGGAGACACAUUUGUCGCUGUAGUUUUAAGUUGUAGCUGAUUUCCUAAUACCCAAUAAUUCUUCUGCCAGAUUGGCGGGAGCAAUAGAGUAAAAUCGGUUAUAAAAUUUCCUGCCUACACUACAUCGAUGAGGCAAAUAGUAAUGAAUUAAAGUAGCAUGAAAAAAAUGCUUUCUGUAAGACACGAGGAAUGUGACUUUAUUUAAGUGCCAAAUUACAAAAUGAAAAUUAUAUUUUGUCAGUGUUUUGUAUGAGGGCAAACUAGUGUUUUUAAAUAUCCAAUAAGAAAAAAAAAAAAACUACAUUCCGACACUGGAGUGUAGCUAUGGUUGAUAAAAUGUAUUUGGAUAAUCAAA